AUGAAAUUGCGUCAACGAAGCUCCAGACAACCACAAGCACCAAAAUCUACAUCCAUAAAAAUGUGGAAACGACAAAACCUAAGACAACGAAAUUGCGUCGACGAACAAAAACCUAGGACAACAAAAUUGCGUACUAAAACUCCAUUAAAACAAUGA